UAGCACAACGACCAUCUGGCAACUAUAAAUAAUGUGUUUUUAAUUCUUUUCAUUUGCAAUUAUUUUUUUUAAUUUCUUCAGUUCGGCAGCAACUUUACCACCAGACUGAUCAAACUUUACAAAAUGUUGAAUGUAUUAAGGAACUCUUUAAAAUUGGGUCAUACUCGUGGACCCCUGCAACAGGUUAAACGUAACAUUGCCUGUUUGUCGGCUUUACCUGAAACGCAUCAAAUGUUGCAAAAAACUUGCAGGGAUUUUGCCGAUAAUGAAUUGGUGCCCAAUGCAGCCAAAUGUGAUCGUGAGCAUUUGUAUCCUGAGCAGCAGAUUAAAAAAAUGGGUGAAUUAGGUCUGAUGGCUGUAGCGGUACCCGAAGAGUUAGGUGGCACUGGUUUGGAUUAUUUGGCAUAUUCCAUUGCCAUGGAAGAAAUAUCCAGAGGAUGUGCAUCGGCUGGUGUUAUUAUGUCUGUUAAUAAUUCCCUGUAUUUGGGUCCUAUUUUGGGUUUUGGCAAUGAGGCUCAAAAACAAAAAUUUAUUACUCCCUUUACGUCGGGUGAUCAAGUGGGAUGUUUUGCCUUAUCCGAACCUGGCAAUGGCUCAGAUGCUGGUGCUGCCUCUACAACAGCUGUGGAUAAAGGUGAUCAUUAUCUAUUGAAUGGCACCAAGGCCUGGAUCACUAAUGGUUAUGAAGCCAAGUCAGCUGUAGUUUUUGCCACCACCGAUAAAUCUCUCAAACACAAAGGUAUUUCUGCCUUUAUAGUACCCAAAGAUACGAAAGGUUUUUCUUUAGGCAAAAAAGAAGAUAAAUUGGGUAUACGUGGCUCUUCCACCUGUCAGUUGAUCUUUGAAGAUUGCAUCAUACCUAAAGAGAACAUUUUAGGUCAACCUGGUUAUGGUUUUAAAAUUGCCAUGAAAACUUUGGAUGCCGGUCGUAUUGGUAUUGCCAGCCAGGCUUUGGGUAUUGCUCAAGCAUCUUUGGAAUUGGCAGUGGAUUAUGCUCAAAAACGUAUUGCUUUUGGUAAACCUAUCUCCAAACUUCAAGCUAUUCAAGAAAAAAUUGCCGAUAUGGCAGUUAAAGUAGAAUCUGCACGCCUCUUGACCUGGCGUUCGGCCUGGUUAAAGGACAACGAUAAACCCUAUACCAAAGAGGCUGCUAUGGCUAAAUUAGCUGCUUCAGAAGCAGCCACCUUUUGCAGUCAUCAGUGUAUACAGGUGUUGGGUGGCAUGGGUUACGUAAGUGAUAUGCCAGCCGAACGUUAUUAUAGAGAUGCCCGUAUUACGGAAAUCUAUGAGGGUACAUCGGAAAUUCAACGCUUGGUAACAGCUGGUUCUGUUAUUAAGGAAUUGAGUGCCUAAAAAGGAAGGAAGAAUUAAAAAAUCGAAUGUUUUGCAAAGUUGUUUUUUUAAAACAAAAUAUUUUUUAAGUGCAUUUAAUAUUAUACAGAACACACAGACAUAUCUGCCAACACUAUUAUUGUUAAAAAUAAGUUUAAAAUAUACAAAAUUGUUUUAUUUUGAUAAAAAAGUGAUACAUUUUUAACUCUUUAAGGGUUUUCUUUAAAUAAAUUUAUGGAAAAAAAACUUA